UGAUGUCUGUCACAGAAAGAAGAAGAAGGUCAACAACAAAACAACAAGAAUUUUGCUCCGAUAUUUUUUUUCUUGAAAAACUUGUGAAAAACUGCGAAUAAAAUCAUGGAAAACGCACCAAAAGAGCCCACAAGCAAGGAGGAAAAGACGGAGGAGAAGAAAAAGUUCGUCGUGAGAUCUGCAACAGAUUUACAGAGGAUACGUCUCGAGAAACUCAUGAAGAACCCGGCUAAACCCGUCGUUAUCCCUGAAAUGCCCCGGGAGAAGGAUCAUCUGAAUUCAGUGCCGUCCUUUGUGAGAAAUGUAAUGGGAUCGAGUGCUGGUGCUGGAUCUGGGGAAUUUCACGUCUAUCGCCAUUUGCGGAGGAAGGAGUAUGCCAGGCAGAAGCAUAUUCAGGAAGCAAGCAAGAAGGAGCAGAUGGACAGCAGCUAUCAGGAAAAAUUGGAGGAAAAUCGACGAAAAGCAGAGGAAAAGACGGCAAAGAAGCGCGCAAAACGUCUGAAGAAAAAGGCCAAGGCUAAGGGGAAAGCAAAGAAGCCCAGGAAUGAAGUUCAGACUGAAUCUGACAAUGAUAAAUCAGAGAGUUCUUCCGAGGAAGAGGAGGAGGAAGAGAAAGAAAAGUCGGGAAAUGAAAGUUCUGAAAGGACAUCAGUGAAUUCUCUUAAAGUAGCUGAAACUCAUGAAGAUGCAGCAUCCCGGGAAGCACAAGAUAAUCAGGAUGAGCACAAAGAAAAGGAGGAAAAGGAUAAUGAGGCAAAAACCACUGAUAAUGAAGAAAACAAAUCGUAAUGUAAAAAAUAAUUAAUAAUUAUUUAGAAUAAAUUAUAAA